AUGUCACACGAAGGUGAAGAAGAUUUAUUGGAAUAUUCCGAUAACGAACAAGAUAUUCAGGUCGUUGCUGAUAAGGCUGCUGAAAACACUGAAACUGCCACUGCUGAUGAAGGUGUCGAAGGUGAAGAUAAGAAAGGUUCUUAUGUUGGUAUCCAUUCCACUGGUUUCAAGGAUUUCUUAUUGAAACCAGAAUUGUCAAGAGCUAUCAUUGACUGUGGUUUUGAACAUCCUUCUGAAGUUCAACAGCAUACCAUCCCACAAUCUAUUCACGGCACUGACGUUCUAUGUCAAGCUAAAUCUGGUUUGGGUAAGACUGCUGUUUUUGUUUUGUCUACUUUACAACAGUUGGACCCUGUUCCAGGCGAGGUUUCCGUUGUCGUUAUCUGUAACGCAAGAGAAUUAGCUUAUCAAAUUCGUAACGAAUAUUUAAGAUUCUCCAAAUAUAUGCCAGAAGUUAAAACUGCUGUCUUCUACGGUGGUACUCCAAUCAAGAACGAUGCCGAUUUAUUGAAGAAUAAAGAAACCGCUCCUCAGAUCAUUGUUGCUACCCCAGGUAGAUUAAAGGCUUUGGUUAGAGACAAGUUAAUUGAUUUAUCCCACGUUAAGAACUUCGUCAUCGACGAAUGUGACAAAGUUUUGGAAGAAUUAGACAUGAGAAGAGAUGUUCAAGACAUUUUCAGAGCAACUCCAAGAGACAAGCAAGUUAUGAUGUUCUCUGCUACUCUAUCCGAAGACAUUAGACCAAUCUGUAGACGUUUCUUACAAAAUCCAUUAGAGAUCUUCGUUGAUGAUGAAGCUAAGUUAACUUUACACGGUUUACAACAAUACUACAUCAAGAUUGAAGAACGUGAAAAGAACCGUAAAUUAGCCCAAUUAUUAGAUGAUCUAGAGUUCAACCAAGUUAUCAUUUUCGUCAAAUCUACAAAGAGAGCUAAUGAAUUAACAAAAUUGUUAAACGACUCUAACUUUCCAGCUAUUACUGUUCACGGUCACAUGAAACAAGCUGAACGUAUUGCUCGCUAUAAAGCUUUUAAGGACUUCGAAAAGCGUAUCUGUGUUUCCACUGAUGUUUUCGGUAGAGGUAUCGAUAUCGAACGUAUUAACCUAGCUAUCAACUACGAUCUAACAACCGAAGCUGAUCAAUACUUACACAGAGUCGGUAGAGCCGGUAGAUUCGGUACUAAAGGUUUAGCUGUUUCUUUCGUUUCCUCCCCAGAAGAUGAAGAAGUUUUGGGAAAGAUUCAAGAACGUUUCGAUGUUAAAAUUGCCGAAUAUCCAGAAGAAGGUAUUGACCCAUCUACAUACUUAAACAACUAA